AUGUCGUCCACUCCCAGUUCCACCGCCACCAAUCACUUCAACAAGAGUGCCGAAAACUACGAGGCUAGCACUAGCGGAGGCACCCGCGAACUCGCGCAGCAUGCCAUCUCCCUCAUCGCGGGCCUGAAGCCCCUGACGUCCGAGUCUACAGUCCUCGACAACGCAUGUGGCACCGGCAUCGUGACCGAUAUCAUCCUCCAGUCCGGCAUCCGGCCCGAGAUCCACGCCGUCGACGCCGCGGAGAACAUGGUCAGCAUCGCCAGGGGCCGCUUCUCGGGCUCCCACCCCAACGCCCACGCGGCCGUCAUGCCCGGCGAAAAACUCUCGUUCCCGGACAACACCUUCACCCACUCCAUCACCAACCUCGGGCUCAUGUUCUUAAGCGACGCCGACCAGGGCGCACGCGAGAUCGCGCGCACGCUCCGCCCGGACGGCAUGGCCGUCGUCACGGGCUGGACGGUGCGGGCGCCCUUCACGGUCAUGCGGGAGGUGCAGGCGCGGCAUACCAGGGCGGUGCUGUCGGGGGCCGGGCUCGACGUGCACGCCAGCGCGGCGCUAGACGUGCACAUGGGCGCCGAGACGGCUGAGGCGACCGCUGAUCUCCUAACGCGGUUCAGCUCCAGGGCGUUUGCGGCUUGGAGCGAGGAGGAUAAGGAGAAGGUGCCGGGGGUGAUGGAGCAGAUUGUGCGGGAGCUGGCCGUUCCGUUUACCAGGGCCUCGGGCUCGGGCGUCGGUAUUAAGCUGACGGGGACGAUCUUUGUUGGUUCCAACCCCGUGAUAUCUCUCUCUGAGCAGCGAGGGUGGCGCCGCAUGCAACCGCACCUGGCCUAA